UUAAAGUUUUUGAACAUGCACGAAUAAUAUCAUAUGUUAUAAAGAAACCCUCUUUGAAGAAGAAAGUUCCUUCUACACCUCCUUUUCAAUAAUAUGCAUGCAAAUGCAAUAGAAAGAAGAAAGUUCUUUAAUUCUUUUUGGAUAUUGCAAUAGUGAAUCUUGAUUUCCCAUUACUUUAGUGAUAAUCACCCCUUUUUGUCCAUCUAUAUAUUGAUGAAAAUGGCAUACCUUGUAAUCCCAUGAACCACCACCACCUUUGCCAUGGCCACAAACAAUUCUAAAGCUGUCAUCAACAUGCCACCUCAAAAGACAAAUCCUUCACCAAGGAAAAGCUCAAAGGGAUCCCACGAAAGAGAUACUGCUCUUGCACAGCUUAAUACCGACAAGAAGUCUGCUUUUAUCAAGGCUUGGGAAGAGAGUGAAAAAAGCAGAGUGGAUAACAAGGCACAAAAGAAGCUCUCUAAAGUUGCAGCAUGGGAGAACAGCAAGAGCGCACAUCUUGAUGCUAAACUGAAAAAACUUGAGGAAAGAUUAGAGCAAAAGAAGGCAGAAUAUGCAGAAAAGAUGAAAAAUAAAGCAGCUUUAAUACACAAGGAGGCAGAGGAAAAGAAAGCCAUGGUUGAAGCUAAACGAGGGGAACAAAUUCUUAAAACGGAGGAAAUGGCCGCCAAAUAUCGCACCACAGGACAAACUCCUAAGAAAUUACUUGGAUGUGUUGGAUGAUAAGAGCUUUUUCACUUGUAUAUUUUCAUGCUUCUUGUUGUUUAGUGUGUGUUCUUUUACGCAUCCAGUUUUGUUGUAGUGCUUCCGUAUCUGUAUAGGAACUUACUUAUCUGCUUAGGAAAAGCA